GCGGAAGUAAGCUACCAUUUGCACGAUGUCCGAUUUGAGAGUAAUUUAAAAGGAAUAAAUACAUAAUUCUAGAGGCAUCUUCAAACCCAUAUUUUAAAAUAAGAGCAUCUUGUCCUUCUCUGGAUCUCCCCAUACUUAACAGGAUAACCAUUCAACUCACAGAUACUUGUAUCUUAGACUUACCAAGCCCAAGGGAAAUGAGUAGAAUGGAAUAGAUAACUGAAUCUUUGGUAUUUUCAUUGUAAAUAUGCCAAGAAAAAGACCAACAGAGACUUCAUGGGAUAGUGAUGAAGAUGAGCUGUUAAAUGAAACUGAUACAUUUAGUAUAACAUCUCGUUCAAAGGAAUUUGAUGAGGAAUUAGAUGAAGAAGCCUUACUUGGUUCAGAUGAAGAAACAGAAAAUGAUAAAGUUUCCAUAGGAGAAUCUCUGUCAGCUAAAGAUACAACCAAAUAUGGAAAACCAAUUGCCACUGUAACAUCUAUGACAAAUGCCAGAAGAAUUUCCCCUAUUAACUGGGACCAAAAUGCUAAUAAAUCUGAUGACUUUGAAUUUGAAGAGACUGCUGAUGAUAUUGAGUUAUAUGCCCCUGAUGAUAGUACUGAUUUUGAUGUUGGUACUUCACAGGAUUAUCAGCCGUACACAGAAGAGCCUGCAGUAGAAGAAUCGAUUAAUGAAGAAGCAGAAGAAACAGAGACAACAUUUGAUCAAUCUCAUGUGACUGCUGACACAACUCGUGAUGAAUCUGAUGAAAGUGAAGAUGAGGAGGACACAAGACGAGGUCGCUUUAAAUCGGAAAGACAAGAUAUUGUCACAAGUACAACAAAAACAAAAACUACUAAGCAAGCAGCUUCUGCAGAUAUCCCAGACAAUCUAGAAAUAUCUGAUGAACAGCAAGCACAGAUUAAUGAGUUCAUGGCUACAAAAGACAGGAAGAGGAGACCUAAUCAACGCGUUCGACCAUUUCAACAGUAUAGACAGAUGCAUCCAAGUCGAAUACAAACUAUAACAUCAACACACAUGCAUCAUCAGCCAUCACCACCACCUAUCAUGCAUCCCCCUCCACCAGUAUUUGCAGCUCCACCACAACCAAGGCCCAAAAUUCAUGUGAAUCCUGCAUUUUAUAAUAGGGGGAUGCGACCUCAGUCCACAACCAUGACAUCUGUUCACAAUCAGCCCCUGAUGUUUGAUUCUUCACCUCGAUCUCAACCUCCAUUAUUUCAUCAUGAACCACCAAGGCAUUUUGAUGAACGCAUCCCUCCACUGAUGGACUCCUAUAGACAUGAUAGAUCUUCUUAUAACCAGGGUCCUCCACUCCCACAACAUCAUCAUCCACCACCUCAUCAUCAGUUUGGACAUCCACCAGCAUCACAGCCAUAUCCAGGUCCACCUAGAUUUCAGCAACCACAAGAUUCCAGACCUUUGUAUGGUGGACCACCACCUCAUGUAAAUUCAGGAAAUUUUGGGGGAUCUCAGCCACACCCACAUGAGCAUCCUCCUUACCAUCGUGGACCCCCAGGGCCAAACUUUCCACAUGAUAUACCUCCAAGACCUGAUGAAUUUCGUGGAAAUCAUUUUGACCGCCAUAGGCACGGCAGUCCAGGUCCAAGACAUUUUGAUCAACAUGGCCCUAUGGAGCCUCCACGGCCAAAUCCAUUUUUACAGGAGCAACGGUUCCAGCCUCAACCAAGAAUGCAUCAACAACCUCCAACAAGAAUGCAUCAACCAAAUCAGCCACGAAUGCAUCAACAGGUACAGCCACGAAUGCCUCAUCAACCUAGAAAUAAUAUUAGACCACAAAGACAACCUUUAAUGAGUAGCCAUAGACCUUUGAAUGGACAACAGACCCCAAAUAACAGAUUUCAAGGACCUAGACCAUCAUUGCAACAACAGGCUGGUAACAAAGUUUUGCAGAAAGUAAAAAAAGAAGCUAGAAUGAAGAAAUUUGGAGCAAUUCAGAAUAUACCUGUCAUUGGUCGACAAACAAUUAAAAGACCUUCAUCAGAGGAAGAGAGCUCAUCACCACCGAAGCAGCUUAAAUCUGGAAUAAUGACAAAAGUUGAAGACGAUUAUUUGAAAAAGAUAGCAGCUCAGAAGGAGAUGAGGGCAGCCAUUCAAAGGCAAAAGGAACUGAAAAGGCAGCAAACAGCAACCAUAAGAAGGAAAGAGCUUGAAGAAAAACUAGCUAAACAAGGGAAGGAUAUAUCAGAGUUAGAAAGUGCUGAUUCUGAGUCCUCUGACAGUGCAUCACAGAUCAGUACUACCAGUGUUGGUAGAGGUCAACCAUUGAAUAGGGGACAAGGUCAAAGAGGUCACCCUUCAAACAGAGGUCAGGUUCAAUCAGCACAACCAUCCAACCAAGGUCAAUUUGCAAGAGGUAAUCCUGGUGGACGUGGUCAGAGAGGACAGCAAAGAGGAUUUCCUUCAAACAGAGGUCAAGCCCAGCAGCACCAAACUAUUGAAGGUACAAGCUUUCAAGGUAAUGGGAGAGGGAGAGGUGUACAGAGAGGUAGAGGAAAUAAUACAGGAAGGGGUGGACAACUUUUAAGACGAGGUCAGACAAUGGAAGUUCAUGGCAGUGGACCAGUCACUCUUUUGAAAUCAUACACAGUUACAAAUGUCAAUGAAAAAGGAGACAUACCAGAAACAGGAGAUAAUUUUGUUGACAGGCGCACAGCUGUGGAGGUUAUAGAAGAUUUCAGACGUCAAAAGCAGUUAAAAGCACAGGAGGAAAGUGGAGCAAGUAAUAGACAAGUAAAAGUGCCAACUGUGAAAAGAAUGAAAAAAAUUAUAAGAACAAAGCGCAAUGCACAAGGUGAUAUUCUGUCUCAGGAGACUGUUAUGGUUCCUCUCACCCCAGAGGAAGAAGCUGCCGCGGAGGCAAAGUUUGCAUCACAAACAAUACCAACUCCUGUCAUGCUCUCCCCACAGAAAUCUCCACAGAGAGUUGUUGUGGCUAGUAAUAGGGAAGUAGUGCUGGGAGAUCAAGGUGGUAGUACAAGAACAGUUAUAGCUUCAAGUCCUCCUGCUGGAAUCACUAGUUACCAAGGAGGAGAUUCUAAAAGAACAGUGAGGAUAGACAACUUAUCUUUAUCAACAUCAGAUAACACUAUCAAAUCCUUAUGUGGCUGUGUAGGCCCGUUCCAGGGUUAUCAGAGGGCUGGGAAAUCUGCAUUUAUUGUAUUCAUGGAUUCAAAGAACGCCUCAGAAUUCAAAAAUAAAUAUAACAGGCACAUGCUGGACUUGUCACAUAUAUCAGUGGAAUUAAUACCAGACUUGAGACCCCUAUAAUGACAUUACAACUCGGAAGUCAGAGUUAAAAAUACUUUAUAGAUAUUACAAACGAAAGAUGAAUAUUCAUAUUUUAUAUGAUAUUUUUCUUUGUUAGUAUUUUUUUUCACGCAGUUGAUACAGGUAAGAAAUUGUGUUGUUAAAAGGAGAAGAAUCUACAAGUAAGAAUUAUCAAGAUGGUAGCAGUAUACAGGAGGAAGUUUUUCUACAGUGAACAUAAAGAUACAGAUGAAAAUGAAGAAAUAUGUUUGUCUACAGUGAACAUAAAGAUACAGAUGAAUUCAAAGAAAAGAAAAGAAAAUUUCACAGUAAAUGUACAGCUAAUGUCUGCUUACAUAUCAAGAUGAUUGUAGAAAACUUAUUUGAAUGAAUACACUGAUACUGAUAAAUAGUAUCUUCUGAAACAAGAUCUUCUGCAAUGAAUGCAGAUUUUAAAACAAUUGUUAAUGUGUUCACUCUGACCUCUAAAACAGGUACAUAGAACUUGAUGAUGUAAAUUUUAUUAAUUAUUUAUCUGACCAUUAUGGGAAGGUAUGGGAAGGAAUGUAUUUUUGACUUUCCUAACCUUCUAUGUACAAAUAACAUAAAUGUUUUAUGUUGUUUUAUGAGGUUCAUUUGUUUGUUAUCAAGACCAUUUGAUAUCUGAUAUUUUGUUAUAAGCUUUCAGACAAAGCUAUUUAUUUGUUUUUGAAUCAGCAUCUUUUUUAUAUUACAUUUAUUUGUAUGUAAUAAUAGCUAAAAAAAAGUCAGAUGCUUAAUUUUAAUAUCCAUAAUCCACAAUUAAAAGGAAGUUAAAUAUAUAACAAUAUAUUUCACUGAAUCAUAGUAAGGACUUUUCUCUGAAAUGAACUAUUGGUCACUUUCAAAAUAAUUUACCAAGCACAGUGAAUGAACAUAAAGUUUAGACCUAUGAUGGAACAAAAGAAUUAUGAGAUACAGAUGAUGAUUGACCGAUGAAAUCACAACCAUGAUCGUCAGAUUGGAAGUUCUGAGAACAUUUUACACGAAACAGUUAUUAUGAAGAAUUCUUAUUUGUACAUGACAUUAAAGAAUGAUUUUAGUAUUGGAUAAGAUGAAAGUUUUGGACAGCAUACCUGCAAUUCAUCAACUUUAAAUGACUCAAAGAAUGGACAUUUCUAAAUACAACAAAUGACAAAGGUUUAUAUAUGUGGACUACGUAGUCAAAGUUUAUAUUCUUGGACAUCUUUAAGGUGUCAUUUACUACACAAUUUUGCAUGCUUAAUCAGCAACAAAACAUUCUUUGAACGAUGAACGUAUUUCUAUGAAAGUGAUUAAAGUAUUUUAAAAGCUGUUGACAUAUGUUUGCUUUUGAUAAUGCAAUAUUUUUUGCAAAAUGAAUUUUUAGUGUGUGGGUUAUUUUAAAUAUGGAGGUUUGUCAACUCGCUUUUGGAGGAAGAAACAAACAACCAUUUACUGAUUGGAAAACUAGAACUAUUAAUGGACCGUAUCGAUUAGCUUUUAUGGAGAUGUGGAUAAAAAUUAUUAUCAUGUGCAUGGAAUAUCACAAGAGGAAUCACCAAUUUGGACAUGGAUGACCAGACAUGAAAAAAGACAUUGAAAGUGACCAUUGACCCUGUUAAAUUCUUUCCCUCAAAAAAUUUACCUGAAAAAUUCUCUGUAAGGCCAUCACAAGUAAUUCAUGGUUGGAUUGCAAACAAGUAAAUCAUUAUUUUUCUAAUACUAACAUAUCUAAAAGUUCAAGUACAAUGUAAGCUCGUGUAGGUUAAAGACUGAGUUUAAUAAUGAAAUAGAUUAAAUGCUGCCUUCUGUUCAUUAUUUAUGUUGUAUUGGGUUAGUUCUCUUGAAAUCACAAGUUUAAAUUCAUGAUCCCAACAUACUUUUCGUUGUCAGAUACAUAGUAGUCACUUGCAUUGAAACCUAGUUUUUCCAUCAAUAACUGGAGUAAAUUAUGCAUUGUGAUAUAUAUAGAUUUUUUUUUAGCUGCAGAAUAGAACACAUAUUAGAUAUAAAGAAUCUUGAUUUCCAUCUUUUAAACUGGAAACCUCCCACUUAUUUCUGUAACUAGUAAAGUUAUUAAUAUUAAUACCAGUGGGAAAAAAAAACAACGAUCUUAUAUCACUUUCCUUCAUUAUUGUUUUGUUAUUGGCAUCAUCAUUAUUAAGGUUCAGUCAGUGCUUUAAGUUUUUUUCAGACAUCAAUAUCCUUUCAAACCUUAAUGAAAUUUGAAAAGAAGCUUUUGUAUGACCAAAAAAGGACAUCCAGAGAAAAAUGUUGAACUUAUUUUUUUUAUUUUUCUGUAUUUUACUGAUAAAUGAGUUUAUUUUUACAGUUAACUUAGACUGUUUUUCAGUCAUCAAUUGCAUUUUUUUUUCAUUUUAAACAAAAAGUUUGAUAUUAUGUUUAUUCUUUAUUUUACUUAUAAAUGGACUAACUUUUAAGAGUUACCAUAACACCUUUACACUAACAGCAGCAAUUACAGACAUGACAAAGAGAUCUGUUAAACCCCUUUCAAAGUUUUGUUGAUAAUCAUUUAUUAAGGUGGUACCCAACACUUGAACUAAAAUUAAUUUGGCUCGUUUAAUUUUCUUAUAAUUUUGACAGAGUAUUUACUUUGACCCUUUGACAAAAAUAUCAAAAUAUCAAAAAAUUUGAACCAACCGUUUAAUCAGAAAAAUUACAUUGGUUAUAUAGCAGUUUGACAAAAACUUAUUUUGAUCAUUGAGAAGCUUAAUAUUCCCUUAGCAACACACAACGUCAUUAAAACGUUCUGCUGAUUUUACAGAGUUAUCUCCCUGUAGUGUUAGGUACCACCUUAAAUGAACUAAAAGGAUUAUAUAUUUUAUGAAAGACUCUUUAGUGAAAUUUUUUAUUUGGUCAUUAGCAUUUCAAAUUUAUGCAUCUGAUAUAAAAUGUCUAUUUCAUUCAUUGUUUUUUGUUUAAAAUAUAUAUGAUGCCAAAUUAAAGUAUAUGUGUCGUUCAAGUUACAACCCC